GGCAGGGCUCCCUUGUUCUCUUGGCCAGCUGCAUCUUGGGUUCAUCAGGAGGACAAAAACUUUCAUUGCACGCUCAGCUCCAGCGCCUCCAAGACUGGAAAUCCCCUCUGAGGCAAUUGUGGCAGGAAGAGGCUGCUGCCAGAAUUGGCCCGUUUAUUGGUUUUGCUUGCUCCUUCCUGCCACAGCAUCUGCGCAGAAGAGGAGCCCCUCGGAGCAACGCAGCCUCAGCCGCUGGCAGCGCCAACAGCCAGGAGCCACCCCAGCGAGUGUCCGCGUUUCUGCCAAGGGUGCCUCUUGCUCUCACCUGUACUCACUGGAAGAGGCCAAGAUGUCCACUGGCUUGCUCACGUUGAACGAGCAAAAGGUCCCUGCGGAGAUUUCAGACAAGAAUGUGAUCAACAUCACCAUCAACCAGGAGUCUUCUCUCUCUUACCUGUUCAAGGCUGUGGGGCAGUGCUGGGCAAGGCAGCAGGAGCCCGCACAGAAGACCCAGCAGUCACCAGCCUCUGCCCCCACAACAGCCCGCCAUUGCUGGCUCCAUUGCAAUGGGGAGCAGAAAGUUUUGGGGGGGGCCCAGAUCCUGCUGGGAAUCGUGGUCAUCAGUCUUGGGGUGGUGAAUGACUAUGGACAUUUAUUCUACAUACGGACAGGAGCGCCUUACUGGAUGGGAGGCCUGGUUAUGCUCUCUGGAGCCUUGUCCAUCAUGGGCGAGAGACGUGCUGGCGUUUGGGUCCAUGUGGCCACCACCUUCAAUUUGGCCAGUGUCGUGGCUGGAAUUGUGGCUCUGACCAAAGGCAUCGCUUGGAUCCCAAACCUUGACCAGACCUUCUACUGGAUAAAGAAUACGUGCCAGACCGAAUGGGGACCUUCUCCAACCCGGCCCAGCCCAGGCUAUGACUGGAGACAGAGAGAGUGCGAGCGAAUCUUGUGGGAUCUCAUGGGCGUCAACUUUGCUGUGAAGGUCUUGCUGCUCAUUUUCUCCGUUGCUGCCGUGGCGAUUGCUCUCUUCUGCCUUGGAUACGGCCUCCGCAUCCUCUGCUGCACCCUGAAGGAAAGCAGUGCAGACUCUGGUGCAGUCGGAGACCUGGAUGUGGCCCCUCCUGAUCAGGAUGAGGCCCUUAUUGAGCACAUAGCCUGAGUGGGGUGGUGCUGAGCUGUAGCCUUUAAGAGAAAUGUCAUGCUAUGCUUGCCUUCUGCUUCACCCGACUUAGCCCAGUGGAUUGUGACCCAGUGCUUGCCAAGACCUUUCUCCUGGGGAGUGGGGUGUGGGGUGGGGUUAAAAGUUCCUCCUGCAUCUCAACCUAUUAAAGCAGCUAUGUUGUUAUUUUGUUUGAGGGUGGUUGGGGUUCUCCAUCAACUUCCUGCUGGAAUGUUCAGGGUGGCAGGAGAGGAUAUAUUGUUAAUUAAUAUCCUUCCUAACUUGCGCUAGCAAGUUCUAUAACUUAGCAGAGUUUUACCUUCCCCUUUUUAAUGCACAGCGGUUGCAGACUUGUUUAAGCCUCUCACUAUUAGGUUCCUGGUAAGUUCCCUUAUAUUCCUCUUAAAAGAAUAAACACACCACAAUCUUGUGUAAAGUAUAUAAAA